CCGCCCCUCUUUUCCUCAUUGGUUCCGCCUUCACUCCAGCUGAUCGGCCUCGAUUACCGGGUAUGGUCCUUCAGACUGUCCGCGGCCGUUAUUUAUAAAUUAUCAAACCAAAACGGUAUGGUUGACAGCGGCCGCUCGUGUCGACAAAGCACUCAAUGUUCGUUGACAUUUUCUUCAGGAGAUUUUUUUUUACUGUGGAUAAUAUUUCUUUAGUUCGUGUCUUGGAAUCGCUCUACAGUACCAUAACUAGGCCGCAACCCAAUCCCCGGUGUCAUCUACGUGUAUUUAACGUUAACUAGUCAUCGACUGGAGACAACCAUGGGGGACACAGGCAGUGAACGAAGCAAGCCGCCCAGUAUACCACCGCGCUGUCCUUGUGGAUUUUGGGGCCGGCAGCACUCCGGGGGUAUAACAAGACAGGAGACCGGGAUUAAUUUGACAUCUCCCGUUAAAUGUCAUCCGCAAUUAAGGCUUAUGAGGGCUGGCGUCGGCAUAGAGCGCCAAUCAAGACUCCGCCAGCCGGGCGGCCCACGUCCAGCAAAACCAUGGACCUCUGCUCCAAAUGUUUUACGGGUAGACAUUGAGAAGAAGCAGCCAGGCGAGGACUGUGCCCCAGAGCCCGCCCCCAGCUCUAGUAAAAGCCAGUCAGCCGUCUUCUGUAGCGAAACGAGCAGCAGCAGUAGCCAAUCCCUGUCGUCGGCGCCUGUCAGCUCACUGGAGCCGUCGCCCGAAGACACAGGAGCCACACCUCUACCUGAACAAGAUGAAGUCUCCAGCACAGACACAGCCCACGGCACACUCGUAUCCACCCCCACAAAACGGCCCUGCAACUCAGCCUCUGAGUCAGAGAGUGAUGCAUCCCCAGAGAAGAGGGCACGGGUGGGCCACGGGUCUAAGGAGUCGUCAUCGUCCCACGGGGCUUCCAAGCAGAAGAGCCGCCGGCGCUGCCACCGAUGCCAAACCAAACUGGAGCUGGUACAGCAAGAGCUGGGCUCCUGCCGCUGUGGCUACGUGUUCUGCAUGCUCCAUCGGCUGCCCGAGCAGCACGACUGCCUCUUUGACCACCUGGGGCGUGGGCGCGAGGAGGCCGUCCUCAAGAUGGUCAAGCUGGAUCGCAAGGUGGGCCGCUCAUGCCAGCGCAUCGGUGAGGAGUGCUCCUGAACACCCCCCAACCCC